ACGCGUGUUACAGCAGCUGGCGAGUUGUCCAGCUUCACUUUAACAUUAAAACUAAAAGGGAGUCCCUGAAGUGUAGUCACCUGAGGAUAUGGAGUUAUCAACAGAGAAACAUCUGAUUGAGACUCAUUUGGAGCCUCUUAGCUUGACGAGUUCUCCAGAGGACAAGUAUUCAGACUCUGCAUCAGAGUCUAGUGAAGAUGCCUCCAGCGUGGACGGCCUGUGGCAGCCCGACCAGCUGUGCCAGGAGGCGAGCUCCAUGUCGGCGGCUGAGAGGGACGAGAGACGUUUGGCCAGAAGGAAGCUUUACGCGGCCUGCGCUGUCAGCCUCGUCUUCAUGACCGGAGAGGUGGUUGGUGGAUACGCCGCUCACAGUCUGGCCAUCAUGACGGACGCGGCACAUCUUCUGACUGACUUUGGCAGCACCGUGAUCAGCAUCUUCUCUCUGUGGAUCUCCUCCAGGCCUCAAACACACACCAUGACCUUUGGGUGGCAUCGAGCAGAGAUUCUGGGCAUGUUGCUGUCAGUGAUGUCUAUCUGGGCUGUAACAGCGGUGCUGGUCAUAUCGGCCAUUCAGAGGGUCUCUGACGGAGACUACGACAUCGAUAGUCAGAUCAUGCUCAUAACGUCAGGUUGUGCUGUGGGGGUCAACGUCCUGAUGGUCCUGAUCCUCCAUCAGUCUGGAGCCUCACACGGCCACAGUCACGCGCCUCCCACCAGCCGGCCGCAGACGCACAAACGGCGUGGGGGGAGCGGCCACCAUCACGGGCACGGCAACGCCAGUGUGAAGGCGGCCUUCAUCCACGUGGUGGGAGAUCUGGUGCAAAGUGUCGGAGUCCUGCUGGCUGCCACCAUCAUCCACUUCUGGCCUCAAUAUAAAGUAGCAGAUCCGAUUUGCACGUUCCUGUUCUCGGUUCUUGUUCUUGCAACAACGCUUCCUGUCACAAAGGACAUUUUCAGAAUCCUGAUGGAGGGCGCUCCUCAGGACGUUAACUUCAGCACCGUGAGAGAGCUGCUGCUGUCUGUGAGAGGAGUCGUGUCGGUUCACAGUCUGCACAUGUGGAGCCUCAACAUGACUCACUCUUUACUUUCUGUCCACGUGGCCACAGAAGACGCUGAUGCACAGAUCGUCCUCGUGAAGGCGACAAAGCUUCUGCGCUCUGAGUUUGGCUUCUCCAGUGUAACAAUCCAAGUGGAGCAAUAGAAGGGAGACUGCUGACGGCACCAUGACUGCGUGUUUACAUCGAUUUCUGCAACAAUUUUUAAUACGAGGCUGAUAAUUACCAGGUGCACAGCUAUACUUCUGAAUAUAUUCAAGAUCUUAGAGCUUUGACACAGCUUUGUAUUAAUGCCGUUACAAUGUUAAGUUUUGCUUAUUCAUUUGAUAAAAAAAAAAAAAAGUCUACUUUUGCAGUCACUACACUGACACAAUAAAUGUUUAUUUAUGAAGUAGCUGAAUGUCGCAUUUGUACCUACAGUAUCCUGAUAUAUUUAUGACUAUUACACAGAAAACUUGGAGUGAUCGGUUUUAAUGUUUUGCACCUGUAUAAAUGCAGCGAAUAGAAAAUGUUUUAAUAUUCAUGUGAUUAGACACAAUCAGUGUUAAUAUUCGGUUUUCAUUAAUUGUUGCUUAUGUCUUACAUUUUUGGAUAAUAACUUACACCUUUGAUAAAACAAAAAAAUCGUAAUUUCAAUAAUUUCCCGUUCAUUGCUUUCUUUAUAAACUUUAUUUAUUUUUACAACAUGUAUUUCAAAUGUUCGUCUAACCAGAUUUUGUACACAACAAAUUCAAACAAAAUGUAGACAUAUUCUUCACACAUUACUUAAAAGCAAUGUUCAUGUUCGUCUGGAUGAGAGUCCUGGUCAAAAUGAGCGAUGGAAUAUGGUUUUGGAAAACCAGUCUUCAAGCUAGUUUGUUGCUGCCGGGCGUCCCAUCUCUCCAGUAGUUCUCAUAGGUGUCCCGGAACAUGUUCUUGCAGGAUAUUCUAGCUUUGAGUUUAGAGCAGAUGAGGAAGGAACCACCCAUCUUGCGGUGAAGAGAGUACGUCUCCUCGGGGGGCGGCGUUAGUCGCUCCCUCAGCAUCACAGGGAUGAGGCCGUGGAUGCGCUCUGUGGUGCUCUGAGUUCCAAAGUCAAAGGGCUGCUCAGAAGAGAAAGCCUCUCCGAGGAUCAUCACCGCAUCCACGUGGGCAUUCUCCAUCACCUGAGUUUAGUUUAAGGAUAUACACUUAGUCACGUAACAAAAUCUUCCUGCCAGCAUCUCUAAAAUGUAAUUCCGUCAAAUAAUGUAUUUGAAUAGUAUUUCAUUAAAAAGGUAUGGCAUGUUGAAGAAAAGGCCUAAGAAUGUUAUUGUAUAGCAAGUCUUAAAAACAGUAUAGAAGUCAAUUAUAUACUAUAUCAUAGUACAAAAUAUGAUAAAAAUUACAGCAUAUUCUGUUGUAAAGAGAAGAAAAUCACAGUAUAGUACGUCAUGAACAACAAACAAGGUCAGGGUAUGGUCGUGAAAAAGUAAUAAAAAGUCAUAGUAUGUCAACAAAAAGGCCCCAAAAAUGUGAUAACACAGCCGUUAAAAAAUUCAGGUUUUUUGUUAUAUACUAUACGAUUUUAUAGUAUGUCAAAAAAUGCAUGUCGUGAUUACACAAUGUUGUGGUUCAUAGUGAAGCGGUUUGUCUUUAUUACCUUUGACUCAUAUCCUGUGAGGAACUUCAUGUCUCUGGAUCUCUGGAGGACGACUUCUCUGUUGUUAU